GCAGUAUUUCAGCUAAGGCAAACUGGGAAAGGCUCCGCUAUUGGCCCUGAGCUCCGUGGAGGCUUUCUUCCAAGUUUAUGCGAGUCAGGAUUGCGCGAGCGUUUUCACUUGGAAAAGGAAGACUUCCUUGAAUUCCGAGUGUCUUAACUCCUCAGAUAUCUUAAGACGCAAGAUCAACAAUGACUAAGGAUCGGAGUGGCUGAGAAAGCCUUCCUGGAAUGAAAUCCCCAAUGACAAGCAAAGGGAUGGUUGCUUAGCGACGCGUGAUUGACGGCAGAAACCCCAACAGCUACGUUCCUACAAAAAGCUUGGAGCUACUGUUUGGAGGACGUCAUCUCCACAUGGAUGUGUUUUCCAGCUAACACAGGGAUGAAAAGGAAGACGACAUUUUCAUGGAACCCAGUGAAACAGAGCAAAACUUCUCCCUGUGAUCGAUACAAACAUGCUUGCUGCAUCUGUAGGGGGUUCCUUUAUGUUUAUGGUGGCCGGAGAAAUUCUAGCUUGAGUGAUUUCUGGAGAUUCAAAAUAGAUUCUGCUGGUAAAGUUCUAAUUUACGAAGAGAGCAAGUGCAAAUGCUAAUCAAAAAGCUGCCUUGAUGUUAUCAUAUGCUUUCUUUCUACUGCAGUGAGUAAUGAAUGGGAGGAACUGGAAAAUUCAAACGAUGGCCCAGAAGAAUUGGAAGAGCACACAAUGGUGGAUUAUCAGGAUAUCCUGUAUAUCUUUGGUGGAAUGGUCGAUUCAGCUUUCACACAGAAGAGAAAUCCUCUAUGGAUAUAUGACACAGGUGCAACCAAGUGGAUAGCCUGCCGGCUCCCAGCAGUAGCGGGUGAGGUACAAGUUCCUGUUAAUCGGAAGGGCCACAGUGCUGUGGUCUACAGGGGCAAUAUGUAUAUAUAUGGUGGAUACAUUGACAUUAAAGGUGUUUCCCAAGAAUUUUGGACCUUUCAUUUUGAUACAAAACAAUGGGCCCCUCUAUCAGCUGCCUCCAGUGGGAGUAGCCCAGGUCCCCGACAUGGUCAUUCUGCUGUGGUUUAUGGCAAUGGCAUGUACUUGUUUGGAGGAUUAAUGGGACUGAGUGAACAGAAGGACUUCUGGAUGUGGGAUUUUAUAGCCACCAACUGGUCCAGUAUCAGGAGAAGCCAGGGACCUCCAAGAGUGGUGGGACAUUCGGCUUUAAUCUUGGAAGAUUCCAUGCUAGUCCUUGGCGGAGGCCUUUCUAGCAAUAAGCCGAAUAGUACUUUGUGGCAAUAUCAUUUUCCAUCUCAAAUGUGGAUAAAAUCGCCUAGCCCAGUGGCCCUUUCUUCCAAAGCAUAUCAGCAGUUGCUGCCAACUGGAUGUGGUUUCCAAGGGGCUGCUGAUUGCCCACUGAGAUCGCUUGGUUGCUUGAAGUCUAAAGAAAAGGGUUGUUCAAAGCUACGGACUCUUUCUAAACGGCACACCUGUUUCUUUGAGCAUCUUCACGAGGAGCCCACAUACCAGAUACUCAACAACGAGGGUGGCUCUGACAUAGAAAUGAAAACGUUUUGCCGGUCUUCAAGGGAUUCUCUGGGAUUCACUGCCUAUCAAACCACAUCCAGUGCAGAAUUGAAUUCAGAUCUGGCAGCAGAGUUGUGUGAAGAAAGAACCUCGUAUCCCAACAUUGCCAAGGAACAGGAAUUUGCCGCCACGGAUCUAACAGAUGGAGGGUCCAGUUUGGAUACUUUGAAAAAUGAAUGUGGAGACAUUUGUGAAUCCUUUGCUGUGAUGCUACUUGUUGGCGGUAAACCACUGUCCAGUUCGUCCGCAAUCUCAUUUUGGCAAAUUGAACUAAAUGGAAUUUAAAUACCAGACCACUCUCAAGAGGUAGAAGACACGCCUAAGUUCAGUGAAGUCAGCGUCUAGGAAGAAUUACAAUUUUAUCAUGAAACCUAAAUUCACACUUCGUAUGACCCCGAAAUACACAGGAAUCCAUAAAACAUUUAGUGUGAGAUUAUUUUUUCCCACCUCUUUGCUCUGUAGACAACUUGGGUCUGCAGAUGUAGAUGAGGCAGUAUGAUUAGGAAGCAGCAGCCGCCACCGUUGGUUGCAUUCAUUUCUGUGUGUGCAUGUGCUAUUUCAAAGCCCUUUGCAAAUUGCCUGUAUAAAGGAUGCAGUAAAAUCAUUCCCAUGACUAAGCUCAGUUCAGCAGCUGCGUUGGCAUGGCAGGCUUACAUGCUUACGCAAGGAAAACUUAACCAUCAUUUAUUCAGCAAACCCAAUAUUCUGCAUUUGCACUGUAAGCUAAUCUUGUGGAUUCUGAUAGAUUAACAAUUGUUUGGCUACCUAACAGGUUAACACAGGUGCUUACUCUCUAUGUUCUCAAAUUUGCAGUUGAAAUGUUAUUUGAACAGGGGAGGGGGGUGUUUCUUAGCAUAUGCGUAGCUGUUGUAUUGUACUGUUUAAAACAGCAUUUCCCCUAAAUAUGAAAUUCAUCAGGCUCCUAUAUUAGCUCCUCCAAUACAAAUUAAAGUGCCAGAGCCAUAAAACUUUAUAGACCUACAUGAGUAAUUGUGUCUGUUCCAGUAGUUCAGAGAAUCUUAAUUCACAUCAAAAUAAGGCUCUCUAGUUGUUGUGGUUUUUUCUGACCCUACAACCCAGAGAGUAGUGGCAUGCAGGCAAUUACUUCUGCAUUACAGCCCUCUCCCUCCAUAACUUGAAAGUGGCCUAGAAAUAGAUCUCCGAAUAUGAUCAAAAUACAUUCAUCCACGCUAGCCAUAUCAGUUUGCAGUAUUCCAUGCAUAUGUGACGGAUGACAUCAGAUUAAGGUCUCUCUUUGGUAUGCUAUCCUCUGAUCAUGUCCCCUACUAGGUAUGCAACCACAAGCACAACUGGUCCGUACGCAUGUCACAUACAAAUAAUUUGAUGUCCUGCAGUGAUGCUUCUUGGUGGUGGUUUUUCUUGUGAAGCUCACACUGCCAAGAAUGCCUAGGCAUGUUUUGUUUCCAGAAUCGCAACAGAAGGAUUUUGGCAAACAGCCAACUAUAUAGAAAAGUUUGGCACCGAGAGUAGAACAUGGGUGGUCAGCUUUUCAGGCUAGGGAGAGGCAGUUUGUGCUCGAUAGAAAAGGGAAAAUGGUUUUCAGCUGGCCUAGCAUUUUACUGAUUUAAUGUUAUUAGUUUAACAUAAAAAAAUCCACAUUGGGCUGAUCUUGUCUGUCAUUUCAUAGACAUGGCUAUUUUCUGUGACAAGUAUGAAAGGGGUUUGUCACUAUUUUUCUUCUUUUUGAACUAGCUGUAGCAGGGGUCUCCAACCUUGGCAACUUUAAGACUUGUAGACUUCAGCUCCCAGAGCUGGCUGAGGAAUUCUGGGAGUUGAAGUCCACAAGUCUUAAAGUUGCCAAGGUUGGAGACCCCUGAGCUGUAGGGAUUUUCUGGUAGUCCCUUAUCUGGAUUCCACAUUUUGGAAAUCGGCAAAAUCAUUUAAGCAUUUAUUUUUAUUUUGCACCAUCACAGUAAUGUCAGAACUGAUUCAACUGCAAUCUAUGCGGAAUAUAUUACAGUGAGAAAAUGAUCCCUUGAAGUUACCCUUUCUUAAUUUUUGAGAGGGGAAAAAAUCAUGAAGUAUAUACAGCAUCAGGAAAAGCCUGCAUGGUGCCUUUUUGAGAAUGCUUCUUUUUUUUAAAAAAAGAAAAUGUGUUUUAUAUGCUAUAAAAGUUAUAUUUAUUAAUUAUAUUUUUAUACUGCAUGGAUCCUUAUACCCAAGCUAAACUAUAUUAGUUUAAUUUUGUAAAUAUGUUAUUCACUGUGCUUUUAAUUACUUUGUUAAUAAUAUGUAUUUCUGAUUUUUUUUAAAUGGCGGCCUAUUGAGGGGAAUAAAAGCCAAAAACAUAA